AUGAAACCAUCUAAACUGCAAGAUCAUCUGGGAAGAUGCCACCCUGAUAAAACAGAGAAAGAUUUGAAAUACUUUCAAACACUCAAAGAUAAAUUUCAGAAGAGACCUACACUGGACAGAAUGUUCGCUUCGACGUCACAAAGAAAUGAUGAUGGUUUGCGGGCGUCUGACAAAACAGCCGUUGAAGAUGUUUUAAAAACUGUUUUACACAAACCUGCAUCUGAUAUCAUUAAAAGAAUUCCCUUAAGCAACAAUACUUUUGACAGACGUAUUGAUGAAAUGAGUUCUGAUAUUGAAACCUUCUUAUGUAAUUAUGUGCAAACGACCCAUUUCUCUACACAACUGGACGAGUCAACUUUACCUGAUAAUGCAGCAUUAUUAUUGGCAUAUGUUCGUUUUAUUAUGAAUCAAGAAAUCAACGAAGAACUGCUCUUCGCAAGAACUUUGAUAACCGACACUAAAGAUUUUGAAUCUAGGUUUGAGGAUAUUUUGACUAUGGUAAUGUCACCGUGGAUAAUUAAUCCAGAUGGUUACAUAGAAGAAACGAAUGUCAUAAUACAAGAGGAACUGACUGAACCAAGUACAAACGAAGAACUUAAGGUUCAGUUUAAAAAGGGAUAUCAGCAAUUCUGUCUGCAAAACAACAUACCUGUUACUUAUCCCCUUCAUGGGAGAGACAAAAAACUAGCAGAAAUGAUUUCUGAUUUUAAAGCGUUUAUCAAAAUGCUUGAGUUAUGGGAACAAAAUUUAAUCGAUGGCGAUAAAAGGCAUUUUCCUGUUCUUUCAGAAAAGACAUCUCAAAGUCCGUUAGAACCAUAUGACAUCGGUACGUUCCGCUUCCAUGGAUGGCAGAAUUUCUCGGGUCCAAGGGUAGACAAAAAAAAAGGAUGCUACGCACUCACAACAGGAGUGACACAGGAAAUUAUCUAUGAAAUUUUCUUCCACAAUCCAACGAAGAUGCCCCAGGCAAAAAAGGAGGAAAAUUUCAGGUCUUCUGGCACUAGCGGAACAGAACAAGAUGGCUCUCCGAUAGUGGAAGGAAGUCCCAUCCCAAAAUUUAAUUUUUUUGACUUGACAUUUUCAGAUAUAGUUGUACGCCUCACCAUUAAGAGCCAAACGUUGUCGGCUAAUCCCAAAAUGAGAAGGUUCCUAAUAUAA